GUCAAGUUGUACGCACUGCAGUGCCUCCCGUCUAUAUAUAUUCUCUACACCACUCUCACCCCUGGUAGCUCAAUGUGGCGGCGCACGGCCCUCGUAUGCCUCAUGGCACGCACUCCGCCGCACCUCCGCGACGCAGGACGCCCCGUCAACCGCGCCGGGCACAGCGCCGAUGGCCGAAGUGGAAGCCACGUGGCGCAGACGAAGAUGAGCACGGCGGCGGCACCCGCAGCAAGCGCAGGGCCUCAGCAGCCCUCCUCUCCGAACCUCGCGGAGACGGGUACGACAGCGGAGACAUCAUCAUCAUCCAGCGUCUCUCCCGCGUGCUUUUCUUCUCCCCUCUCGCCGCCGCCGCCGCCGUCGUCAACAUCCCUUUCCACGCUGAUUCAUACGGUGGAGCGGCUGAAGGAGGCGACGCGGCACACGCAGCACACACUGCGCAGUCAAGACGACGCCCUGCAGCUGCUGCAGCAAAAGUUUGCCUUGAUGCAGCGACACGUCAGUCAGCUGGAGAGCACCGCGGAGGGGCUGCGUGGCAAGCUAAGCGAUGUGCAUCGUGUGGUGGGUGAAAUCGUCAUGGGGCAGCGCAACACGGACCUGCUGAUCCAGCAGAUGGAACGGCAGCAGUUAAACUUGAAGAACCCUCCCAUGAGCGCACCGACACAGGUGCGACACGACGAUGUUAGCGCACCACGUGUGGGUGAGGGUGCGAGUGCGUCUCACACAAGUGCCUCUGCCACUUCCGCCUCGUCGCCGGCCAGUUCAGCCGAUGCACAGACCUCUGCCUUGUCGGAUCCAUGCGUGGCACAUCAGGUCGCGGCGCUCGAGGCACGUGUGAAUCAGUUAACGGUGGAACUGUUUGGCGCAGACCGCCUUAUCGCUGCCGGUGGAUUCAAUGCCGCCCAGGCAUCCCCACCUGCAGCGGAAAACAUGGCGGUCAUCCUCGCCUCUUCCGACACGGCCGCCAAGCGGGCGGCUGUGAUGCGGGCGCUGCAGCAGCGACACGCCGUUAGCCUCUUCACCGACGCGGCUGGCGUGACGCGGGUGGCGGGGCAGUGUGUGCGCGUGCACAAUGUACCCCUGAACAUGGGUGCCACCGAGGUGCGAGAACUGUGCGUGCGUCACGUCUGCGAAGGCGACGGCAGCGGUCUCGUGAGCUGCAUGGUGCGCCGCAGCUCCGUUGUGAAAGCCAACCGCGACAGCAGCAGCAGCAGCAGCAGUUCUUUGAAUGCGGUUGCGGGGGCGGCGGGGUCAGGUGCGGAGGCAGGCACGGACGCAGCUCCCGUGUACGCCUCACAGCAGCGGCACAGCGCGAGCCCCUUGUCGACGACAGGAGGAGAAGCACUCACGACGUCGACCGACGUGUCUUCUGCCGCGAUUGUGGGCGCCCUCCCUCGCGGUGCUGCCGUGGCGGCCCUUCAGCCCAACACGAAGGCGUUUGAAGUCGUUUUUGCAUCUUCCGCGCUGGCGGUGCGGGCAUUGAAGGUGCUGAACGGCUUGCAGCUGCGGCCCACCUUGCACACCGAGCCCAUUCCGCUCGCCGUGGAGCCGGUGGUCUCGGCAGAUGUGCUUAACGCCUUCCAUGAACUGGAGGCUUCCAGCCACGGCGCUGUGCACGCGAAGUAA